UCUUUUUGGGACUUUCUUGUGGCAAUGACCCUUCUCAAAUUCUAAAACCACAAGCAUAUCUUCACAUGGAUGAGAAUUUACACAGCAGGGAGUAGGGUCAUCUUUACCAAUUUUGCCACAAUUAAUUUAAGCUCCUCUCUCUCUCUCUCUCUCUCUCUCUCUCUCUCUCUCUCUCUAUAUAUAUAUAUAUAUAUAUAUAUAUAUAAUAACAAGUCAUUCAAUUUAAGCUUCAAUUCUUUGAGUCCUAAACAUCUCAUCUUUUAGUACUUUGAAUAUAGUGCCUUGUAUGCAUCUAUCACCUCUAGCUCUACCUUAAUUACCUUAUUUCUCACAAUACCCAUUAAUUAGCUAGGCUUGCUAAAAUUUGUGUAAUCAGUUCAUUUCAUCUUUAGAAGCUGAGAUCAUAAGAGAAUUGUAGUGAGGAUAUGGGGUUAAGGGACAUAGAGUCUACACUACCACCUGGGUUCAGGUUCUACCCAAGUGAUGAGGAGUUGGUUUGCCACUAUCUAUACAAAAAGGUGGCUAAUGAGAAGAUCUCUGAGGGAACAACAAUGAUAGAGGUGGAUUUGCAUGCAAAAGAACCUUGGGAGCUUCCUGAGGUGGCGAAGCUGAGCGCGAACGAGUGGUACUUCUUCAGCUUCCGCGACCGCAAGUACGCGACGGGGUCGCGCACGAACCGCGCGACCAAGUCGGGGUACUGGAAGGCGACAGGGAAGGACCGGGAGGUGCACGACCCAUCGACGCGCACUGUCGUCGGCAUGCGGAAGACGCUGGUCUUCUACAGAGGGAGAGCUCCCAACGGCGUCAAGUCCGGCUGGGUCAUGCACGAGUUCCGCCUCGACACUCCCCACUCACCCCCAAAGGAGGAUUGGGUGCUAUGUAGAGUGUUUCACAAGAGGAAAGGGGAGGGGGAGCAAGACCACAGUGUUGGCUCCUCAUGUGAGCAUGCCAUGGGGUCAUCCCCUCCCAUGGUGGAGGAUCCUAUGACCAUGAUGAUGGGACAUCAUGAGGGGGGGUGCCGUGACAUGGUGAGCUCAUCCUCACACCCCCUCACUAAUCCACACCAAGAGGAUCACAACUCAAACUCCUACAUGAACUUGGCACUAUUGCACUAUAGUUUGAUUGACAUACCACAAGAUGUGAUGAUGGGGUUGGGCCCAAAAGGUGGUGAUGAUGAGUGUGGCUCCAUGUUUGAUGUGGGCAUGGAUGAUGAUCAUAACCAUAAUGACCAUGGCAUGGUGGGGAUGGGGAUGGGGAUGGGGAUGGGGAUGGGGGUGGCAAGUUUGGGAGACAUGAGUUUCCAAUAUGGAUGCAAGGAUGAGCUUUAUUUCUAGCAAGAUAUAAUUUGAUCAAUUUGGUAAAUAUUUAUAUAUAAAUAGUAAAAUUUUUAUGGAUGAUUUGAUUUGGAUAUGAAGAGAGUGCUUGUAUUGGUCAUGUAAAUUAAUUUGUCAUAUAUGUAUUUAUAGUACAGGGAAUAUUCAUAGGACAGAUAUUGUUUGUUAGUGCCAUUAAUUAAUUUGUCUUCGAUCA